AUGGAGAAGGACCCAGCCGCGGCACACAGGAGGCACCGGCCUGGCCCUGGUGCCCUCCCCUCGGGGGGCAGGGCAGCCAGCGAGGGGCCUGAGCUCCAAAGGAGCAGGAGCGUGGGUGGCCUGCACCAGAAGGGGGACCCCCCGAGCCGUGUCAGGAAGGUGCCCAAGAACCUGGAGUCUGAAGAGCAGGGGAAAGAGCCGCAGAGCCACGCAGAAGACGCUGGCUGUCAGGCCAACCUGGAGGAGGACAGGAAGGAGCGGAGCCAGGACGCCCCCAGGACUCGGGGCUGCGAGAGUGGGAAGAGAGACCCGGAGGCGGAGAAGAGCGACUCGGAGGCCAGCACCAACGAGGAGCAGGAGGGGGAGCCCACGGAGGGGCACGCCCAGGAGGCCCAGAAACCAUCUGUGUUUGUGGAGAUUGACCUGGGAGACCACGCCGAGGAGAUGACCUCCUGCACCCUGAGAGAAGAGAAGCAGUCCCCGAUGGACCCAGACUUGUUUGAGGACGAGACGAGGACCAGCUGGGUGUGCUGCAUCCCAUACACCACCAAGAGGAAGGUGAAGGACAGUGCCUAA